CACGCUGAACACACAGCCCCCUCCUGCCCGAGUGACAACCGGCCAGCGCGCUCUGGGCUGUUGUCCCUUUAAAACUCGAAUCCAAGGGGGUAAUGAUUUAUCAAACUUGUAUUAUCAAGAAAAUGUCACACGAAGGGCACCUUGCUUUGCACUGACGCAAACCGGCCUUUCCCAAGGAGAUAUAGCAAGCGCCUCUUGCCGGAGCCAAAUCCAGUUUUGUCAGUAGCUGAUUUCAUUCCCUACCGGUUCAAUCUGUUGCCUCUGUCAGACAUGGAUUGUGGUGUUCCCAAGGAAAUGAAUAAGCAACCAGCCAACAGCUUGGAGGAGGCGGCGGCACGGGGUCACCCGGAUGGCCCGCGCGCUCCCAGGACGAGCCCAGAGCAGGAGCUACCCGCGGCUGCCGCGCCGCCGCCCCGUGUGCCCAGGUCCGCUUCCACCGGUGCCCAAACUUUCCAGUCCCGGGACGCGCGAGCCUGCGAGGCCGAGCGUCUGGGAAUGGGGGCUUGCAAACUCAGUAGCCCGCGGGCUCCGGUGGCCUCUGCGGCUUUGAGGGACUUGAGCGAGGCUUCCGGCGCUCAGGCCGCCCCUCCGGCUGGGGGAGCCGGGCCUGGCAACGCGCUGCACUGUAAGAUCUCGGCCCUGCGUGGCCCGGAGGGGGAUGCGAACGUGAGUGUGGGCAAGGGUACCCUGGAGCGGAACAAUACCCCGGCCGUGGGCUGGGUGAACAUGAGCCGGAGCACCGUGGUGCUGGGCACGGAUGGAAUCACGUCCGUGCUGCCAGGCAGCGUGGCCAGCGCUGCUGCCCAGGAGGACGAGCAAGGGGAUGAGAAUAAGGCCCGAGGGAACUGGUCCAGCAAACUGGACUUCAUCCUGUCCAUGGUGGGGUAUGCAGUGGGGCUGGGCAAUGUCUGGAGGUUUCCCUACCUGGCCUUCCAGAACGGGGGAGGUGCUUUCCUCAUCCCCUACCUGAUGAUGCUGGCCCUGGCUGGGCUGCCCAUCUUCUUCCUAGAGGUAUCACUAGGCCAGUUUGCCAGCCAGGGGCCAGUGUCUGUGUGGAAGGCCAUUCCAGCUCUCCAAGGCUGUGGCAUCGCAAUGCUGAUCAUCUCUGUCCUAAUAGCCAUAUACUACAAUGUGAUUAUUUGCUACACACUUUUCUACCUGUUUGCCUCCUUUGUGUCUGUGCUGCCCUGGGGCUCCUGUAACAACCCUUGGAACACACCAGAAUGCAAAGACAAAACAAAACUUUUACUAGAUUCCUGUGUCAUAAGCGACCACCCCAAAAUACAGAUCAAGAACUCAACUUUCUGCAUGACUGCCUACCCCAACUUGACAUUGGUUAACUUCACCAGCCAGGCUAAUAAGACGUUUGUCAGUGGGAGUGAAGAGUACUUCAAGUACUUUGUGCUGAAGAUUUCUGCAGGGAUCGAAUAUCCUGGCGAGAUCAGGUGGCCACUAGCCUUCUGCCUCUUCCUGGCUUGGGUCAUUGUGUAUGCGUCCCUGGCUAAAGGAAUCAAGAGUUCAGGAAAAGUGGUGUACUUCACGGCUACAUUCCCCUACAUUGUGCUUGUGAUCCUGCUCAUCCGAGGAGUCACCCUGCCUGGAGCUGGAGCUGGGAUCUGGUACUUCAUCACACCCAAGUGGGAGAAGCUCACGGAUGCCACGGUGUGGAAAGAUGCUGCCACUCAGAUUUUCUUCUCUUUAUCUGCUGCAUGGGGAGGCCUGAUCACUCUGUCUUCUUAUAACAAAUUCCACAACAACUGCUACAGGGACACCCUAAUUGUAACCUGCACCAACAGUGCCACAAGUAUCUUUGCCGGCUUCGUCAUCUUCUCUGUUAUUGGCUUCAUGGCCAAUGAACGCAAAGUCAACAUUGAAAAUGUGGCAGACCAAGGCCCAGGCAUUGCAUUUGUGGUUUAUCCAGAAGCCUUAACCAGGCUGCCCCUCUCUCCAUUCUGGGCCAUCAUCUUCUUCCUGAUGCUCCUCACACUUGGACUUGACACUAUGUUUGCCACCAUCGAGACCAUUGUGACCUCCAUCUCGGAUGAGUUCCCCAAGUAUCUGCGCACACACAAGCCAGUCUUCACUCUGGGCUGCUGCAUUUGUUUCUUCAUCAUGGGCUUUCCAAUGAUCACUCAGGGUGGAAUUUACAUGUUUCAGCUGGUGGACACAUAUGCUGCCUCCUAUGCCCUCGUCAUCAUUGCAAUUUUUGAGCUCGUGGGGAUCUCCUAUGUGUACGGCUUGCAAAGAUUCUGUGAAGAUAUAGAGAUGAUGAUUGGAUUCCAGCCAAACAUUUUCUGGAAAGUCUGCUGGGCAUUUGUAACCCCAACCAUUUUAACUUUUAUCCUCUGCUUCAGCUUUUACCAGUGGGAGCCGAUGACCUAUGGCUCUUACCGCUACCCCAACUGGUCCAUGGUGCUUGGAUGGCUAAUGCUCGCCUGUUCCGUUAUCUGGAUCCCAGUGAUGUUUGUGAUAAAAAUGCAUCUGGCCCCUGGCAGAUUUAUUGAGAGGCUGAAGUUGGUGUGCUCACCGCAGCCCGAUUGGGGCCCGUUCUUAGCUCAGCACCGUGGGGAGCGUUACAAGAACAUGAUCGACCCCUUGGGGACCUCUUCCCUGGGACUCAAACUGCCACUGAAGGAUUUGGAACUGGGCACCCAGUGCUAGUCUGGUGGCGUGGGAUGGCCCCGACUUGAUCCUGGUUUUCUUUUCUGCCUCCCCCUAACGUUUCUCCCAUCUUUCCUCCCGUUUUUCUUCUUUCUUCCCACAUUUUGGCUCAUACCCAUGCACCAGAGAGGUUUCGUAGAAAAGUUGGACACAGUGUCACAAGCUGCAGUGAAGAAGCAGGCCGACCACUUGAA